GUGAGGCGCCGCGGCCCUGCGGGUGGGGGCUCCGGUCCGGGCUUUGGCUGCGGCCCCGGUGUAGUAGCGGGGGCGGCGGCCGGGGGUAGCGCGGCUCCUUCCCUUGUUGUGUGUGUCGGUGCCUCCUCGCCAUCUUGUUGCAAAGCCUUUUCUUGUCGGCGGGACUCCCGGGGGCCGCGGGGCGGGAGGCAAUAGAAGGAAGGAAGAGAGGGAGGGGAAGGAAGAAGGCAGUGCCGCCUCUUUUUUUCUUUGCAUCAAAUUAUUUUAAAUUUGCAAAUUAUAUUUUGCAAAUAUUUUGGGAGACAUUGAUUUUCCUGCCCGUGCUCCCCCGUUCUUGCCUGAGGAGUGCGCUGCGCCGCCCAGCCCUGUCGCCCCCCGGAGGUGAUCCCUCCCUCCUGCCUGCCCGCCAGCCUGUCCUGUGCCUGGCUCGCGGGCCGCAGUCUCGGCCCCGGCGCGCCCCCGGCAGCUCUCAGCGCGAUGAGCAUAGAGACGCUACUGGAGGCGGCCCGCUUCCUGGAAUGGCAAGCGCAGCAACAACAGAGAGCACGUGGCUAGUUGGUCAUAUGGGAAAAGGGAGAAGACCCCCACUAUUGUCUGUCCACCCUUUCCAAAAUAAGUAAAUCCACAGCUGACCAGUAAGGACAGGGAGGAUGUGUGCAACUCUGUGAAGGAACCUGGGAAUGGUUCUCUCCUAAGAAGUUGCAGAGCCCUGCCCUCUCCCCCACAUGGUGAGAGCUGGAGAGGAGCAGGAGCGUCUUCGCCUGGAACGGGAACAGGAGCAGAAGGCCAGCAGCCUGGCCAGGCUGGCCCAUGCCCUGCCUGUGGAGGAACCCCGCAUCGAGGCACCACCCCUGCCUCUGUCGCCACCAGCACCCCCACCGGCACCCCCACCGGCACUUGCCACUCCCACCCCACUGACUGUCAUUCCUAUUCCAGUAGUGACCAACUCCCCUCAGCCCCUGCCCCCGCCCCCACCACUGCCCCCUGCCGCCCAGCCUCUGCCCCUGGCACCUCGCCAGCCCACCCUGGUUAACACCCCUGGACUCAGCAUUAAGGAUCCUGCUCCCCUGCCCACCAGGCCACAGAUGCCCACCCCUGCCCCCCUACUGCCGGACUCCAAGCCCACCGGCAGCCCCAAGCCUCUGCAGCCCCUCCCCACACCCAUCCUGACCAUAGCGCCCCACCCGGGAGUCCAGCCACAGCUGGCCCCCCAGCAGCCACCCCCGCCCGCUCUUGGGACCCUGAAGUUGGCACCAACGGAAGAAGUCAAGUCCGGUGAACAGAAGAAGAGGCCUGGGGGGAUCGGAACCAGAGAAGUCCACAACAAACUGGAGAAGAACAGGAGGGCCCAUCUGAAGGAAUGCUUUGAGACCCUGAAGCGCAACAUCCCCAACGUGGACGACAAGAAGACCUCGAAUCUGAGCGUGCUGCGGACGGCGCUGCGGUACAUCCAGUCCCUGAAGAGGAAGGAGAAGGAAUAUGAGCAUGAGAUGGAGCGGCUGGCGCGGGAGAAGAUCGCCACGCAGCAGCGGUUAGCAGAGCUCAAACAUGAGCUGAGCCAGUGGAUGGACGUGCUAGAGAUUGACCGUGUGCUCCGACAGACAGGCCAGCCCGAGGACGACCAGGCUUCCACCUCUACUGCCUCUGAGGGCGAGGACAACAUAGAUGAGGAUAUGGAGGAGGACCAGGCCGGCCUGGGCCUACCCAAGCAGAGCCAGCGCCCCCACCCGGAGCUGCCGAAGCCGCCGCCCAGCACCGCCCCUGUGCCUCUGCCCCCCCACCCGCACCCCCACCCCCAGCCUGUGGCCCUGUCUCCGGCCCAUCUGCCUGGGCAGCAGCCGCCACCACAGCAGAAGACACCUCUGCCGGCUCCUCCUCCCCCACCAGCUGCCCCUGCCCAGACGCUGGUACCAGCUCCAGCCCAUUUGAUGGCUGCAUCUGGGGGAGGCUCCACAGUCAUCGCCCACACAGCCACCACCCACGCCUCAGUCAUCCAGACUGUGAACCACGUUCUCCAGGGGCCAGGCGGCAAGCACAUCGCCCACAUUGCCCCCUCAGCCCCCAGCCCUGCUGUGCAGCUGGCACCUGCCACACCCCCUAUUGGCCACAUCACAGUGCACCCUGCCACCCUUAACCACGUGGCCCACCUUGGCUCCCAGCUUCCCCUGUACCCACAGCCUGUGGCAGUGAGCCAGCCCGUGGCGGUGAGCCACAUUGCCCACACCCUCUCGCACCAGCAAGUGAAUGGCACAGCUGGGCUGGGGCCCCCCACCACCGUCAUGGCAAAGCCAGCCGUGGGGGCUCAGGUGGUGCACCACCCCCAGCUGGUGGGCCAGACAGUGCUCAACCCUGUGACCAUGGUCACCAUGCCCUCCUUCCCGGUCAGCACACUCAAGCUGGCUUGAGGAUGAGGCCACUCAGAGGCCCCCAGUGGGGGCAAGAAGGGGAACCUGUCCCCACACUCUCCCACCAGCUCCACACAUUCCAGUCCGGCCCAGGCCCACCCCACCCACACCCACCCCCAGGCCUCCUAGGGGAAGGGGGUGCAGAGACUCUGAGCCAGGGGAGGGAGCUGGGCACAGGGCAGGGGGUUAGUUCACUGCACUAGGACUUGGUAAAGUGAUGAGAGACGCUCUGGUGGACGUGCUGCCGAUUCAGCCUGGUGCUGUUCCUGCCUCCCCAUCCUGUCCCCUGAAACAGUUUGAUGUGGAUGUCAUGUUCUCUGCCUUCUCCCUCCCCUGCUGCCUUCCUGUGCUGCUGCUGCUAUUGCUCUGUCUGGUCAUGUGGCUGAGGAGCUGGGCCCUCCCUCCUGAGCCUCAGCCUCUCUUCCCAGGCCUAUGGAGGGGAAGGAGGAGGAACUGAACUGAAGCAACUUGGCUCAGAAAGUUGGGGGCGCUCUGGGCCCCAUUCUGAGUGCAGGUGAGAAGUCCUAGGAAGUGGCCGGUCUGGAGUCCUACGCAGACAGGUGGGCGCCCCAGCCUGGGGCGCGCCAACCCAGUUGCAGUCACUGUGAUUGCUUACAGCAGAAACUAGUUAGGAUUUUCUACCAACAGUAAACCAAACCCAAGCUGUUGCCAAGUUUCUGAGCCUUUCACCCCUUACUACUGGGCUCCUGACCUCAAGAGGGCAGGCUGAGGGUGGGGUGGGGAAGGAGGGGCUUGGCUGUCCCAUCGUCCCCACCAUCCCCGGCCUGGGUCUGGACUGAGAGCUGCUCUGGACCUCCGUUCCCAUCCCUGGCCGUGGCUUUUGGCUUCCAGAAGGCUGUCACUCCCCCGGUUCACUGGCCUCUGCUUAGUGCUCUGCACUCCCUUGCGGAUGGGUACCUGGGUGCCACCUGGGAGACAUGGACCACCAUCUGGUCUGGGUUCCAGGAGCCUGAAGCCACACUGUUGAGGCAGGGGUUCCUCUAGGCUCCCAGCCCUUUCUCCAGUGGGCGUUACUGAGUGAACCCUGGUGGCGGCUUCUGUGUGCCACUCUGCCUUCCUCUGAGGAAAGGCCCUUAGUUGGGCCAAGGGCAGGGCUGAGCUUGGGGUGGAGAGGAGUGAGGGGAGCUGGUGUGUAGGGGAUGCUGUUUUCCCUGCCUCCGCCUUGGCAGACUAAGACUUUUUUAAUUUUUUUAAUAUAUUUUUUAUUGAUUUUGGAGAGGGAGGGAGAGACAGAAACAUCGAUGAUGAGAGAGAAUCAUUGAUUGGCUGCCUCCUGCAUGCCCCCCACUGGGGAUUGAGCCCCAACCCAGGCAUGUGCCCUGACUGGGAAUCGAACCAUGACCUGGUUCAUAGGUCGAUGCUCAACCACUGAGCCACUCCGGCUGGGCGGGGUCUCUUUUUACGUAGGUAUUUAUUACACGUGGCCUUGUGUCAGACACACCAUUACACACGCGGGCACACUCGGCUCCCCACCUGGACACAGGCCUCUCAGUGUGGAGAGAGGACGAGAGUGUCCCUAGGUGUGAAGUUUGCACUGACAGGUGGGGGCCCAGGAUCCCCUGGAGUGGCCCCCGCAGAGGUCCUGAAUGGAUUUAUAUGCCUAAGAACUCCCUUGCAGUUCCUCCCUGGUCCUGGAGACCUCCCAGGGGACUUUCUCCUGUCUCUCCCGGGGGUGGGGAAAGGGGAGGCCUUUCAGAUGCCUUAGAGGCCUCCAGGAGAGUCCCGUUCCGCCCCCAGCCCACGCAGCGCUCCCACCUCACAAGCUUGCUGCCUUCCUGCACCUGCAGCCGCUAGCACCACCCGGGUCCUCUGGAGCCAGUUCCACUCCCGAUGUGAUUACAAUGGAAAGAACAGGGAGAAGGGCAGGCCUGGUGCCCAGGGAAGAGUCCAAACCAUGGGUGAACCGCCUCUCCUCAGCUCCGUUCACCUCCCUACAUCCUGAGGCUGGUCCAGUUAAAACUUGUGUCAGCCAGUCGCCCCUCGGGCCUGCACAGAUACCUCAUCCGCCCGCUGCCCGUGCCCCUCUCCGUCCCCAGCAGUGGGGGCUCUGAAUCUAGUGCCGAAUGACUAUGUCCAGACUGGUGACGAUGGGUGUUGCUGUUCUUGUUGUUUGUGAAUGCUGUGACUCUGUGCCCGAGAGGGCAGCCGCCCAGCCCUUUGGGCAUCUCCCUUCUGAGAGCUAUCAGGACCACAUCUGUCCUCACCCCGUGGGACCGCCUGCCCUGCCCCUCCCCUCCCUAGCCAUUCCAGCCUGGGGGACGUGCGCACACACAUCUUACCUCUCAUGCGUGUUUUACUUUUUGAUGUUCAGAGUGGCUCACUGGCUGGGAAUCUUUACCUCGGGGAGACGGGGAGGUUGGUUCCUUGGGGGGCGGGGGGGCCAAAGAAGGGCAGGGAAUGCCUGGAGGGAAACGGGGGCGGGGGUCACCAGAACCCCUGCUCUCUCCAGGAACAGCUGCUGCUCCCCCAUCCCAGGAUCCCACCCCCAUCCCCCAAAGAGGUGGCCCUUGUUUACAGUGAGGACUCGGUCACUGUGUCUCUGUUUCCUGAAAUAUAACUCGUAGUGACCCCAGACUGUAGAGAUUUUUAUGUGUUUGGAUACAUCUGCUGUGUGGGAAAAAAAAUUACAAAAAACCCUACUUUUGUACAUAUUGUAUUUUUACUAUUGAACUGUAUUCUAGUGGCUGUUCAUGCUCCAAGACUUUAGGUAUUGAGACAUGAAUACUAUCCAUGUAAUAAGCACUUGCCUGGAAUAAAAUAUAAAAUUGAAAUAAACCUGCACUGAAACCUGA